AUGGCCACCCACCUUGCGGAGGGGGUAGUGCUGGCCGAGGGUACCCUGCAGAAGCACUCGCCCAGCAAGGUGCUGGUCAAGAGAUGGCAGACCCGCUACUUCGUCCUCUCAUCCUCAUCGCCCUCCGCCACCACCCUCGCCUACUACAAGCGCAAAGGAGAUGGAACGCCCAAGGGUGUGAUUGACCUGGCGCAGGUGCGGCGGCUGGUGAUGAGGCCCGGCAGUGGUAAGGCCGUGUUCGAGGUGGAGACCGUGGGCGGCCGCACCUAUUCCCUCGCCGCUCAGUCCAAGAACGACGCCCAGCGAUGGGUCAACGCACUCAACUCAGCCCGUGGUGAACCAACCAGCGCGACCACGGGGGAAAACACGAGUCCUGGCAAGGGCGAUCGCCUGGACGGCCAGCAGCAACAGCGGCGAUUGAUGACGGGCGAGCGUGUGCUGGCGAAGCAAGACGUGGUCAUCAUCUCGCAUCACGCGUUGACCGAUGGUCGACAGGGCCAACUGCAGAUGACCCCCUACCGCUUCAUCCUCACCAUCGAGCAACAAAGCGAGUCGGUGCCGUUUGGGCUGUUGGCGCGAGUCGAGAAUGCGACACACGUGAAGCGAGGCCUUCCGGGCUAUCUGCUCGUGUGCAAGGACUUUCGCGUCAUCUCCAUCUUCUUCCUCUCCACCGAAGCGCUGGACGCCAUGAAUCUGCUCUUCAAGCGCCACCUCUUCCCGUCCAAGCUCAGGGACCUCUACGCCUUUCACAACAAGGAGAAGUACUCGUUGCGGUCAGAGCUGCACGGGUGGCCGCUGUACCAGAUCGACCAGGAGUUCGAGCGGCAGCGAUUGGACAGCAGCAAGUGGCGCAUCACACAGGCCAACGAGGGCGACUACAAGGCCCAUCCACACCUGCCCAGUCGAUUCGUCGUCCCCGCCUCAGUCUCCGAUGAGAUGCUGGUGGGGCAGGCGGGCGACGGGUCGUACAAGGCGCCGCGUUGGGUCAUUGCGCUUUGCUGGGACCGCACGAGGCCGGGGUCGGCGCCCCGUGGCUGCCUCCUGCGCGCGGCCAGGACUACGAACCAGGGGAGCCGCACAGCCACGUCGCCGCCGGUAUCGCCGUCUUUCAGGGACCUCAUGUCCGGCCUGGACGCCGAGAAGGCCGCCAAGCGUGCGCUCGAGGCCGAGACCGCCGCCGCCGCCGCCGCCAGCAAGCACACGACCGACAGCGAUGACAUGAACCAGCACGCCCUGCUCGAGCACAUCCUGAAGCUCUACCCACAAGCCCAAGCGCUGCAUGUCUACAACAUUCAAAAGAGCUCCGUGUCCGGUACUGGCAUCGGCGCAGUAGAGACCGUCAAAACAGCGAGCGGUGUGAUCUCCUUUUGUACGGCCAAGCUCCUGCCUACGGCCAUGGUGGAGCAGGGCCUGUUGAAGCUGGCUCACCUGGUCAGCUCUCUCGAUGUGAUCGGCCUGAUCAGCACCGCCGGGCGGGCGAGCGACAGCGCUGGUGAGGCCAGUAAGAUGCGGGCGGCGUGGGUGGAAUCGCUCCACGACACGCAGUGGCUCUCGGGCGUGCAAAUGCUUCUUCAGAUCACCCUCGACAUCGUUGAGCUCAUACGCAAAGGUGACCCCGUCCUUGUUCGCAGCGCUGAUAUAGGCGACGCCGUGCCGCAGGUGACGAGCCUUGUUCAGUUGUGCUUGGACCCGUACUACCGCACGAUUGCCGGCUUUUGCUUGCUGGUCGAGAAAGAGUGGAUGGCGUGUGCACAUUCGUGGGGGCAGCAGCACAGAGAAAAACACAAGCCGAAGCACUACUCGCACAUGUUUGUGCAGUUCAUCGACGCUGUUUGGCAAUUGUGGGACAUGGCGCCCGCGGUGUUCGAGUUCGACUGCUCGCUACUUCUCUUUCUCCUCGAAUCCGUAUACAGCGCCCGCUUCGGCUCCUUCCUCGCCGACAGCCAGCGAGAACGCAUGGAAGGCAAGCUGCAGCUCACAACACAGACCAUCUCGGUGUGGUCCUACGUCGACGCCUUCUCGUGGCAGUUCGGACAUUCCCUCUACGACCGACACGACCCUGGCGCACGGAGUUCCUUGCUCCCGCAGCCCGGCUGCGUCAAGCUCUGGACCGGCUACUAUUUGCGUUGGGCUUGCUUGACGCCCUUCGAGCAGGCGCUGGCCGAGCUUCAGGAGCUCUCCACAGCCGAAUCGCAGGCGUCCACGCUCAGCCUGUCGCACCGCGGCCUGGCCUCCGUGCCUCCGCUCGUGCUCGAGGCCUGCUUCGCCAACGUCACUGCGCUCGAGCUCUCGCACAACUUUCUCAGCCUCGUGCCCGACAUCGGCGCCUCGGCCCUCGCAUCGUCGCUCGAGCGGCUCGACCUCUCGCACAACCUGCUGACCUGCGUGCCGUCGCGGCUGGUGGACGCGCUGCCCCGGCUCACUCGCCUCACGCACCUCGGUCUCGCGCACAACCGAAUCCAGAGCCUGUCGGCCCUGCCCUUCCGCAAGAUGCGGUGCCUGACCCACCUCGACGUGUCCCACAACGCGCUGCAGGCCGUGCCCUCGCGCCUGGCCAGGCUCACGCAGCUGCGCCGCCUCGACCUGGCGGGUAACGGCUUCGGCCACGCAUUGCCGCCGCGACUCUUCAGCGAGCUCACGCUCCUCGAGGAGCUGGACCUCGCCGGCUGCGCGCUGGUCAGCCUCCCGCCCGACAUCGAGCAGCUCGCCCGGCUGCGCGUGCUCAACCUCUCCGACAACCCCGACCUCAACGGCUUGCCCAGCGGCCUGUGGUCCCUCACCUCCCUCCACGAACUCCACGCUCGGGGAAUCUGUGCGACAAGCGCGCCGUGCAAGUCGCUGCCAUCGAUGACAUCGCUUGUGACCGAGGUCGGUCGGCUGUCGCAGCUCAAGAGCCUGGACUUCUCCGACAACGGGCUCACGGAUCUCCCCGCCGCGGGCCUGGUCACGCUGACCCAGCUGGAGCGCCUGUUGCUCGGCGGCAAUGACCUUGCGUCGUUGGGCGCCGAGAUCGGUCGGCUGUCGACGCUGCGCGAGCUCGACCUGAACCGCAAUCGGCUGACUUCGCUGCCACUGGAGAUGGCCGGCCUCGUGCAGCUCACGGCGCUCAACGUCGAAGACAACAUGCUGGUCGCCCUGCCGGCCCAGCUGAGCACCUUGCCACUCGAGAAGCUGAGCGUGGGCUCGCAAAACGGCUGCAUUCGGUGUCCGCCGCAGGAGAUUGCCUGCAUGGGCGCGCAGAGCAUCCUGGCCUAUCUCAAUCAGCUGCUCCACGGGCAGAAGCCGUGUCACCGCAUCAAGAUCAUGUUCGUGGGCCAGGAGAACGUGGGGAAAACGUCUCUCCUUCAAGCGCUCAAGAGGCGGGAGAAGCGGACCAGUGGCAAGAUUCUACGCCUGGGCCGCCCCGCCGUUGAUGACACCCCUGUCGUGCCCCUGUCGACCGACGGAAUCGACAUCAACAAGUGGAUGAUGACGAUACCGAGCUGGGGUCCCAACAGCCCUCGCGUCGAACUAUCGGCCUGGGACUUUGCCGGCCAAGAGAUCUACUACUCCACGCACCGCUUCUUCCUCUCCGAGCGGUCCAUGUACCUCGCCGUGUUCAACCUGGUCGCGCCCAACCAAUCGAACAUCGAAUAUUGGCUUCACUCGGUGCGCACUGCGGCCGGCAGCUCGCCGGUGCUCAUCAUCGGCACCCACGUCGAGAACACGACGUGCACCGAAGAAUUCCUUUCCCAGAUGCGCAUGCGGCUGAACAAGCGGUUUUGCCAGCGAUUCCCGAAUGUGGUGGGUAUCCACUUCGUGAGCUGCGCCACGGGCCAGGGGAUCGAGCAGCUGCUGGCCGAACUCAAGGACCUGGUGGCCAAGCAGGAGCACAUCGGCCAGGCCCUGCCGACCAACUACCUGGAGCUGGAGAAGAUCCUCGUCGGCAUGCCCAAGGAGCGCAUGCCGCCCAUCCUGCCCUGGAGCGAAUACGAAUCGCUGGCCCGCCUGUGCCUCGUCGAGCAGGAGCACGACCUCCGCGCCGCCACAUCGCUCCUCCACAACCUCGGCUCGAUCGUUCACUUUCCCAACGACGAGAAGUUGAAGGACGUGGUUAUUCUCGACCCGCAAUGGCUGAUGAAGGUUAUGUCCACAAUCUUCUCCACCAAGCACAGCUACUGCAAGAACGGUGUGGUGGCACAUUCGGCGUUGGCGCACAUCUGGAAGGCGCCGAUGUUUCCGCCCGAAGUGCACGGGUUCCUGCUCUCGCUGCUGGAGCGCUUCGAGCUCUCGUUCCCCGUCGGAGCCCACAUCGACAAGCUGGGCGACCACGCCCUCACGUGGCUCCGUCCGUCCGCGGGCGGCCCCUCCGCGCCGACAUCGCUCUCCUCGUUCGCCACGGAGGAGGAGCUCUACCUCAUUCCCUCUCUCCUGCCCGAAGCCCGCCCGGCCCUCGUCCCCUACGUGUGGCCGCCCAACCACGUUGCGGGCGAAACGAUCUUCGGGCGGUGCUAUCGGUUCGAGUUCAUUCCCAAGGGAUUCAUGGGCAGGUUGAUCAUCCGCCUUCUCGCGUUCCCUCUGACGGUGCAGAUCUGCUGGCUCACCGGCCUUUUGGCCAGCAUCGGGAGGGAGAAGAUCCUGGUGGAGAUCUCGCCCGAUGAGUUGAUGCUCAACAUCACGGUGCGGACCGAGCUCCGGGGCGAGCAGAUGUCCAACCUGUCGUGGCUCGUCUUUGCAGCCGUCGACUCUCUGGUGAAGGAGUGGUACAACCUCAACGCCAAGGUGUUGGUGCCGUGCUCGCACUGCAUGACGCUGGACUUGAAGGCCGCGCCCUUCAUGUUCGCCAUCGAAAAGUGCCAACAGGCGGCCACCUCGCCCAACGAGUCGAUCCUCUUCUCUAACACCCACCACCCACCACCACCCCCACCAGAAACGAGCGGUGGAGAUCCGAAGCCGGUGCGCUUGGACCACAUCGCCCCCGACUUGGCCAUGGUGCACCUGGACCGGCACCGGAUCGACUGGGCCGACCUCAUCAAGUCCGACGGCGACAAUAAGCCCAUGGCCGAAGGCGGCUACGCGUCGGUGUAUCGGGGCACGUAUCUGGGCGCGGCGGUGGCGAUCAAGGAGCUGAAGGGCUCGACGGUGAGCGAGUUCGACCUGGCGGCCGGGGUCAGUGUGGACGACGAGGCCCGGCGGCUCACGUUCGAGGAGUUCCGCCACGAGGUGUGGAUCAUGAGCGGCCUGUCGCACCCGAACCUGGUGCGGCUGCGGGGCUUCUGCCUGCAGCCGCUCUGCAUCGUCACCGAGUUGGUCGAAGGCGGCUCGCUCUUCGACUUCCUCUCCGACCCGGACCGUAGUUCGGCUCUCGACUGGCCGCUGCGGCUCAAGAUCGCCAAAGACAUCGCCAAGGGAUGCGCAUUCCUGCACAACACGUCGCCGCCUGUGAUGCAUCGCGACCUCAAAAGCCCCAACAUCCUGCUGGCGAACAUUUCGCCCGACGCGGCCGUAGUUGCCAAACUGUGCGACUUUGGGCUGUCGCUCUCAGCCGACUCCACUGCAGCACGCAAAGUGGACUGUCCCGUGUGGCUUGCUCCCGAGAUUCUGGAAGGCAAAGCCUACUCGGAGAAGGCCGAUCUCUACAGCAUCGGCGUCAUUUUGUGGGAGCUCCUCACCAAACAGCCCUUCUUCGGCGAAGUCCGCUUCUUCUCCGUACUCGAAGACAUGGUGAAAGCCGGGCAGCGUCCGCCCAUACCAGACUCCUGCAUCCCCGCCUACCGCCAACUGAUCGAGGACUGCUGGGCUCAGCACCCCGACCAACGGCCUUCGUGCCGAGAGCUGGUGGUGCGGAUCGAGGAAAUCAUCAGAGAGGUUUGCCCCGAGGUGGAGGGCUAUGACGCCACCGCCGACGCCGACUUCCACGCUCUUCGCACCGCACAGGCCGACAUGCAGCGACGCCAACAGGAGAUGUCGCGGCCCCGUCAGGACAAGCUUCGCACAAAGAAAGACGUGCGACUCGCCAUUCAGAUGGCCAGCGUGCACUCGAUGAUGGGGUUGGAGCCCCGGAGGCAGCUGCUGACGCAGUCGAUCAAGGAGCUGGCGGCCGCGCCCUGUUCCAAGUCCGACCUCAUCGGCUGCAUGGAGGAGUUCGUGAAACAGCGACGGGAGAGCCUCGCGCCCCAGGCCGCCGCCACGUUCGGCUCCACGGCCCCCCGCGCCGCAUCUGGAUCCACGAUCGGCCGAGCCGAGGAAGAGGCAUCGCUGCCGCAGCCUCAGCCGCAGCCGCAGCCGCAGCCGCGCGCAGCCUCUGGUCUGACCAGGGCGAGGCGAAAGCGGUGCGACUCCCAGGGAAGCGGGAGUGGAGGCGAUCUGUCCUCCUCGGGCGAAGGCCACGAUGAGCUCAAGGCGCCCUCACCGACCUUGCCCAGCCGACGAGCGAGUCUGAGCAGCAAGCGCUCACAGAGCCAGACGACCUCGCCCAACAGCGCGCGACGUACGCUUCUCGUAGCGUCGCUGCCUCACGAGGCGAAGGAAACGACGCCACGGUGGAUGCCCUCCAAGAAUGCCGCCCUGUGGACAUCGGCCCAGCUGCCGCGCCGAGGAGGCAGUUUUGACAGUGUCCUCCGGUUGCCGGUCGUGUUGGUUCUUUCGCUCUUCGUUCUUCUGUGCGCCGCAAGCGCCGGUGCUGCUGGCGCGCCGGUGCCGCCGAGCCAGGACUUUUUGGUGGCGCUGACCUACAACCUGGGUGCCAACAACAACUCCAUCGUCCAACUCGACUCCGCCACCGGCACUCCGGCCUUUGCCCACUGGUGGGGCAACCUUGUCUUCCAAUUCACCGCCUUCACCUUCGACCCCGUCAACCGCACCCUCAUCCUCAUGGGCGAUCAGGAGAUAGUGAGCUUCAAGGUCGAUCCGCCCUUCCCCAUUGCCGGCCGAGUGGGUCUGGCGUUCAGCCCGACCGACAUUCAGUUCGACUUCGUACACCGCAAGCUCUACGCCGUCAAACAGGAUGAGCACAACGAGAUUGUGGAGAUCAAUAUGGUGACCGGUCAGGAUACUCUUCUGGUCCGCUUCAACGACAACUACGCCACCUUCACGGGCUCGAUGGGCUUCGACCCCUACAACCAGCGCUACUUCGUCGGCGGCACCGACGAGAACAACAACAACAUCCUGAUGCAGUUCAACGUCGCCACCGGCCGCCUGGAGCAGACCAUCCCCGUGGCCGUCAGCUACGACCAGGUCUUCUGGAACCCCAAGACCAACACCCUCCUGGGCCUCACCAACAACACCCUGGUGGCGCUCGACCUCCAGUCCCGCAAGACCUUCGACCUGGCCUUCGUGCCCGGCAUUCCGAGCCUGUUCGGCGGCGCGUUUGAUGAGCGCGGCCAGCAGUACUACACCGUCAACACGGUGUUCGGCCAGAUGCAGUUCACGCGGGUGGACCUCACGGUGCACCCUGCCCGGCGCCAGACCCUCGACAUCUGGAACGACUUCACCGGACUCAGCUUUGUCCCCGCACGCGCCUAA